GCGGAAGUAGAUGCGAAAUCGAAAGCCGAUUGGAUAAUUCCAAAAGGGGCGGAAGGACGGCUGAAGAAGGAAUCGAAGGCUUUGUGUAUGUUGUUGUUGUUGUUGUUUAUAAGGCGGGCUUCUUCGGGAGUGACAUUGCAGAGCAACCAUGAUUGUUUUACCACCAGGACUGACGGAAGAAGAAGAAGCUCUACAGAAGAAGUUUGCCAAACUCAAGAAAAAGAAAAAGGCCCUCAUGGCCUUAAAGAAGCAACAGAGUUCAACCAGCCAAGCCAGCCAGGGAGGAAUUAAACGCUCCAUCUCAGACCAGCCCAUAGUGGAUACAGCGACCGCUACAGAGCAAGCCAAAAUGCUGGUGAAAACAGGGGCCAUUAGCGCCAUUAAAGCUGAGAACAAGAACUCAGGAUUCAAGCGCUCUCGCACUCUGGAGGGGAAGCUGAAAGAUCCAGAGAAAGGGCCAGCCCCGACUUUCCAGCCUUUUCAGCGAAGCAUCUCUGCAGACGAUGAUUCCCAAGAGACAUGGCGCCCCCAGAGGAAAUCUCUCUAUGAAAGCUUUGUGAGCUCCAGUAAUCGCCUCCGAGAUCAAGAGAAGGAAUCAGAGGUGAGCAGGGAUCCAGACAAGGACUCAGAGCGGAGUGAAAACUUGCCUGGUUAUGAGUGGGACUAUGAUCGGGAUCGCAGCCGGGAUAGAAGUAGAGAUCGAGACCGAGAAAGAGAUCGGGACCGGGAGAGAGACCGGGAUCGAGAACAUGACCGGGAGAGAGACAGAGAUCGGGACCGAGACCGAGACCGGGACAGAGAGGGCAGCUUUCGCCGAUCAGAUUCUUUCCCAGACCGCCGUGUCCCACGCAAAGGCAAUACGGUGUUUGUGUACGGGGCUGACAUGAAUCAGAACAUGCUGCGUACCUCUUUUGCAGCCUUUGGGAACAUCAUUGAUCUCUCCAUGGACAACCCCCGCAACUGUGCUUUUGUCACAUAUGACAAACUGGAGUCUGCGGAUCAAGCCGUUGCUGAGCUCAAUGGCACCGUGGUAGAGAAUGUACAGUUGAAGGUCAGCAUUGCCCGAAAGCAACCAAUGUUGGAUGCAGCUCUUGGAAAAUCUGUCUGGGGAUCUUUGGCUGUGCGGUACAGUGCGAAGGGCUCUCACCGAGACAAGCGUUCUCAGGUUGCCUUCAGCGAGGACAUGCUCUGAGGCCGCCGGUGUGUAGCCAUUUCCAUUUGAGUGGUGGAGCCUUUUUCCUUUUGCUGUGCUUUUUAGUCAAGUUGCUAAAAUAAACAUGAGCUGUUUGUUUGUUUUUGA